AACAAAACCAAGGAGGAAGUCAUAAUGUAGUUCAUGAAUCUUUGAAAUUUCAUUGAAAUGUAGCAACUUCUCGAUCUAAAAGCAGAUAUAUUGCGUUACCUUUGUAGACUGUUGUAACAAUGGCCAGUGAGGCUUGUGAAGUUAUAGAAGAAAAUGAAGUUGUUGAAGAAACAGAACUUGUGGAAGAAACUAUUGCAGACUCCCCAUCAACCCAAUAUGGUGUGGAUGUGAUUGAAAUAGUCUACCCUCCCACUCCAGAUCUCACUCCGGGGUCAGCCGAUUCAGCAGAGUCCAUCUCAAGUCCAGAUGUCGGAACAGACUGUGUGCCUCUUCCAAAGUCUAAAACAAUCCGCAGGAAGAAGAAACAUUUUAUUGUUCCAAAUGAGGUGGAAUCUCCUGGUUUGGUCUUACUUUCUCAUCUUUGUGAGUUGUCUUCCAAAAAUGCAAAAAUUCAGGAAUUGGCACUAUCAGGUGCAGCUUUUCAGUCAGUAUCAUCUGCUAAUGUUCAGGUUCAGUAUAUUCCACAGUUGAACGAGGCAGAGGUGGCAACACCUUCAUGUAUAACCAUAGAACCAGCAAUAGUAUCAGCUGAAGAUAGUGAAUUUAAUAAUGCUGCCUCCCCAAGUGCCCCUAGCAUGUAUACAGUUGUUGAAAAUGUGCCAUACGAUAUUAAUAUAACCACAGAAGAAGAAUCUCAAUCUCCAACAGACAAGACGAAAAAAAAAUCUGGCAGCCGAGUAACCAAGUCAUUGAAAUUUCCUCCUUGCUUUGUCUGUGGAGGAAAUGCCUCGGGGUCACAUUAUGGCGUCAAUAGCUGUGAAGCCUGCAAGGGUUUCUUUCGAAGAUAUCUUCUCCGCAGUGAAGAGUAUAAGUGCAACAAGGGAGGUAACUGUGAAAUCAUUAACAGGAAUAGGGGAAAUUGUUCUGGCUGCAGAUUACAAAAGUGCCUAGCAUUAGGAAUGGCUAAAGAGAAGUCAAAAUUAGGGAGGUACACUCUGGCAAAGAGAACCGCUACAAUAAAAGAAGUGAAUAAAUUGGAAGGCAAAGGUGAUUUUGAAUGUGUUAGGGAAGGUCAUGUUUUGAGCGCACUGGCUAAUAUGUCAAAUAUGUCUUCCAAUGACGGUAAUCGAAAUGCAUUUAAUUCAAAGGGAGAGAGGGUAACUGAAAAAGCUGGGACUGUUGAUAUGCAAGCACUUGUCUCAGAUGACGUUAUAUCUGUUCUCAUUCAAAAGGUACAUGAACUACAACCCUAUGGUCCCAAUGUCAAUACUCAGGAAGAAGUAGAAGUUGCCUCAAGAAAUCACUAUGAAUCUUACCUGAAGAAGGUUGAACUGUUUGGCGCCAUGAAAGCAGUACCGAAAGAGGAGUAUUUCAAAGUGUACUCUGAACAUGGAAUUGAUCUGGAUGGGCGUAUGGGAGAUUUGAAAAGUUGCGGUCGGCACAUUGACCGAGUGAUUGAAAAGUAUUGUGAAUUUGCACGGACUGUGCCACAAUUUUCCUCGCUCUCGACACAGGACCAGUCUAGUCUGCUGAAAAUCUCAAGGACAGACUGGUUUAUGGUGAUCAUGCACCAAGGUUACAGGCGCAAGUACAACACCUUCAUCAACUAUGAUGGAACUGUCAAACAUUUUGAUGAGGCUGUGGAUAAAUUCUUGUCGAGGAGCCUGCUGGUCAAUAUGUUGAAGAUCUUUACGAAGUUGCAAGACUUGAACCUCUGUGAGGAGGAAAUGGUUUUACUUGCGUCCCUUGUCAUGCUGUCUCCCGAUCGCUGUCAGUUGGAAAAUCAGACCCUUGUAGAGGACCUUCAGGUUAAUAUAUUCAGAGGUCUUCAGCGGGAAUUCAAAAGAAGGCAUCCUGAUGGGGGUUUUAGGCGUUUAACAAAAGCCAUUGACUGCGUGAUCGAAAUGCGAGAGGUCUCGGACGUGUAUCUGCAAGAGUACAAUGAGCUGUGUAAGGAAAAAGUCCUCUUGGAAGAAAUGCCGCUAUUGGCAGAAUUCAUUGUUGACAAUGUCUAAGCUCCCUGCUAUUUACCUACAUUUAUUAUCUUGCCGCCAUUUUGUUUAUUACACAGUCAUGAACUCCUGCUUUGAAGUCAUCUGACUUGUUCAAAAAUUAGUGACAUUUAACCUUAAAGUAUUAUUUUUAAUAUAAUUAUUAUAGGCUAUUUAGGCCUUUCAAGAUUUUCUGACAUUUUUAAAAUGCAGUUAAUCAUUAUUUUUAUGCUAGAACGUUGGUGGGAGUGACUCCUUUGAUAAAUCUGAAGAAAAAAAACAAGACUUUCAGGUUAAAUUUCACUAAAUUUUGUACCGGUUAUAUGACACUAGCAGGAGUUCAUUCUCAUCAAACGACUGUGGAUUAUAAUAUGUAUUCAAUACACCUCAACACCAUCUUAUCAAACAUCGUACCCUGCAAUUGCUUUUUAGAAUCAUGAUUUUUAGUGGGUAAUAAAAUCUAUUUUGAUAAAGUAAUUAGUCAGUUUAGAUACUGUUUAUUUCAAAGUUUGCUUUUAGCAGUAAAACAUUCUAUUUAAUUUGCAACAGUGAUUAAAAAAUCAACAGAACUCUCUUAUCUUACAAUAUUAUGCUGUACACUCGCUGAUAAAAGGGAGUUGAAAUGUAGAAAAAAAUUAGUAUCAAUUUUUAUUAGUCAUGCUUGUGUAUGACAAGUGCUCAUUAUCCUAUUUGUGAAAUACCAUGGCAUAGGCUUAUAUCAUUUUAAGUUGCAGAAUUUUGCAAUGGGUAUACUGUUUUACGUUUUGUUUUUAUUUCUUAUGUGUGUGACAUUGCGUGACUAUUAAUGGCAUUAUUUCAAUAAAUAUAGAUACCGGUAAUAGAAGUUUCUUCCAUCAAGCAAAAUUAAUGUCUUUUACACUUAAAUGUAAUACUAUUUUAUAGAAAUGUCUAAUACCUUGCUUGAAAAAGGCAACCAGUCCAUUGCUGUGUGUGAUGCAAAGUCUAUUAAUGUAUAAAUCAUAGUAUAUCUGUUGAAAUAAUGCACCUAUGGUACUUAUGAAUGUUUUUUCCCCACCGAGGCACCUGAAGCAGCCGAGGCAAAGUCUUGAUAAGUCCUUGAAAUGUAAAUCUCUUAACAAAGUAUUAUUGUUUUUGUAUUGCUAUUACAUCAAUAAUUUGUGUAUUUCUGGUCUUCCCUUCGUUGUUGUAGAUUGUAAAUGUAUUAUGAAGUGAUAAUGAUAUUAAUUUGAUUUGAUUUUAACAUGAAAAUAUAUCUAUUUUUGCCAAAACUACAUGCAGGCUUCUGUUUUUGUUUCAUAAAACUGUUUCUUUCUUUGUGACAGAAUGUACUUAUUAGAAGAAACAUGUUUAUUCAUUUAUAUUUUUAUUAGUUUUUCCCUAUGAUCUGAUGUGUAUGUAAAGUGUAAACUAUAAAUUUUAACCUUCAUACAAGGUUUACCGAAUAUAAUAUAAUUCAUGGCAUAUGUGUAGGAUCUGUUACAAGUUAUCACUCAUAUUUUACACAAUUUUAUUCAACGACUUCAGGAAAUAUGUUAAUAAGCAAUCCUUUGACAUUUAAAACCCUUAUUAAGAAUAACUGAGAAAUAAAGGGAUGGCUUGCUGGAAUGGAUCAAAUUAAGCAAAUAUUGUUUCCAAUUAAAUUAUUUUCAAACAUGCAGAGUGAUUUAGUAAUAUUACAUGCACACAUGUGUAGUGAUGGUUUUGUGUAACUGAAAACAAGGUAUAGCUUGUAAUAACAUGCAUAUCUUAAAGCUGCACUCUCACAGAUAUACCAUUUUUACAACUUUUUUAUUUUUUCUCUUGGAAAGAGCAAAUUUUUGCGGAAAUAUCUGCAAACCAAUGAUAUAUGAUUGCUGACAAAAAAUCAGAUCGUAGAUUUUCAUAUCUCCGUUUGAAAAUUAAUGUUUUUUACUUAAACUGUUAAAAUGCAUAAAACAUCCCUUUUUGAACUUAUAUUUAAAAAUCUGCAAUCUUUUUUUUUUUCAGCAGUGUUAUAUAACUGGUUUCUAUGGAUUUUCGCUCGUUCCAAGACAAAAAAUAAAAAAGUUGUCAAAUCGUUCAAUCUGUGAGAGUGCAGCUUUAAAUGUUUACUUGGUUUAAUAUAUGUACUUGUAAAGAUGUGCCAAUUGUUCAGAAAUUUGUUAAAGUAAACAACAUUAUUGAUUUCAUCGUUGUAAACUUUUAAAUGUUUACUUAUCUGGAAGUUUCAUGCUCACACUUGUGGUAGGCAAUAUUUCUUACACAUUUUGGGACAUCUCUUCUUUUAUUUGGAUGUAUCAGCCCGUCAUAAAAUAGGUCACCUUUUACAAUUAUCAAUGAUGCUGUUAAGAAUGUGGUUAACCCUUAAUUUUAUUAUAAUGAAGUUCUUAGAAUUGGCUGAAUGUGUGUAUUAAGCAUGAAUUGGUUUCCUUGAUGCUUUAUUUAACCAACCUUUUAAAAAGUUUGUCUGAAAAAUAAGUUUGUCUGUUCUUCAAAAAAAGUUAAAGUAUUCAAAUAGCCUUGGUGUUCAUCAUUGCUAUCCUUGGUAUCUUUAUUAUCAAUAUCCUUCGUGUGUUAAUUAAUUAAUCAUUGAUAUCCUUGGUGGCUUAAUCAUAGAUAUCCUUGGUGUCUUAAUCAUUGAUAUCCUUGGUGUCUUAAUCAUUGAUAUCCUUGAUGUAUUAAUCAUUGAUAUCCUUGGUGUAUUAAUAAUUGAUAUCCUUGGUGUCCUAAUCAUUGAUAUCCUUGGUGUAUUAAUCAUUGAUAUCCUUGAUGUCUUAAUCAUUGAUAUUCUUAGUGUUUUAGUCAUUGAUAUCCUUGGUGUCACAAAUAUCAUUGAUAUCAUUGGUGUAUUUAUCGUCAAUAUCCUUGGUGUCCUUGUUGUUGAUAUGCAAAAACUUGUAACAUUUGCCAAAACUCAAAAACUCUUCAAGAUAUUCCAAUGAAGCUUGGUAACAUACAUGUAUGUUGUCGUGGCAAUUGUUGAGUGAUUCCCGUUAUUUGACUGAAAAUAAUAUACACCUUUGUCUACAUGUAUGUACCGUUGUCAUGUGCCUUUUCUGGGCAACAAUUUGUGUGCUUGCAUUAUGACGAAAGCCUGUACAUUUACUCUUGUCUGGAUUUAUCAUAAUAGCUUAUAUAUUUCAUUAUCUGCUAUUUUUUGGCAGGGAUUUAGCCAUAUUUUUGCAAUGGAUUUGGUGGACUGUUAUUACUGUAAAGGAUGUUUCAUAAUGUGUAGUUUUUCAUUCAUAUAUGGUGUUGGCUGCUAUAUAAAUCUAAUGUUAAGAUAAUAUUUUAACCUUCAUUCAAAUUUAUAAACAAUAAGUUGUUAGCAUUCAAUAAUUUUACGUUUUUUCUGUUGGUAAUAUUUUUAAACUCAACUUAAUCUUAAUAACUUAUAAUCAUUUUGUGUCUCUUAUACCAUACAUGUAUAUCAUAAGCCCCAGUGCCAGUAAUUGAAUCUGCUUUGGAGGUAUUCUUUGUACAGUUAAGCUUGUUUUUUUCAUCUAGCUAUUGGUAGUUACUAGUAUGCUAAUUGUUUAUGCUUGGUGACUCCAUAUAAUGUUGGUGUUAGUUAAAGUGACACUCUUAUUCAAAAUCAACACAUGUAUAACAAACAUAAAUCUUGAGUGAUAAACCUGUAACUACUUACUAAAUAAUGAAUUUAUUGAAAAUAUUAAUUGCUGAUAACAAGAUUGUAACCGUGUAUUUAAUAGCUGAAAACGCAAAAAUAUUAAAUGAUUGGUGAGUGCUGAAAGAUUUACUGUGAUCUACAUGUACUAUGUCUCACAAGGUAGAAAUACAGUUUUUUUUGCACAUUUCUUUCCAACUAAAAGCAGUGUCCUACAUAAGAACCAUUGUUUUUGACAUUUAUUCAUUUCUUUGGUAUAUUAUUUCAAUUGUAUUAAUUGUGGUAAACCUUAUUUGGAAGAAAGAGCGCAUCUUUAAAAAGGAUAUUGCUUGAUGAGUGACCAUUUAUGUGUAAAUUAAAGUAACAAAAAUUACAUUUAUACAGUACUUUUAUCAGCUUGUAUUUUUGUUUUUUCUCUCAACUGAAUUUGAAUGUGAAUUGAUCUAUUUAAUGAAAAUAAUCUUGUUUGUAAUAUUUUUUUGCAUUUUCUUGCUCUACACAUCAACACCUGUUCAAAUGGUACCAAAAUAAGAUGGGGUCAUCUUGAGAAAUCAACAAAAUACAUAGUUGUAAGUCUGAUAUACCUUGUUAUGAAAAUAUAAUUUAAAGCUGUAGAUAUUUAAUUCAAACUUGUAUAUUUACUCUUUUGUCUUGUUAAUGAGUAUUUUUUAUGAAUGAAGUUGAAAGAUAUAUUUUAUUUUUUUGCAAGAAUAGAUAUUAGGGCGAUUGUUCAGAACUUUAUUAAAGUUAUCAACAUUGUUAAUGGCAUCUCUGUCAAAUCUGUAUUAUACCCUGUACUUGAAGUUUCAUAGAUACAUUUAUGAUCAGCAGUAUUCCUAUCAAGAUUUGAGACACCUGUUUCAGCUAAACUUGUUUUAUUUAGAUUUAUGAGCAAAUCAUAAAAUAUUUCACCUUUUAAAGUGUGUGUGUAUGCUUAUUUAUACUCACACUCGGGCCUUGCCCAUUCGACAAUUGCUCCGAUAAGAUUGUUAGUCAUUUUAUUUUUUGGAGCAUAGUGCACAGACUGAAUGUUACCCUGGUGAGAGCUACCCUGGUUCUUGAACUUGCACCAGUGUAUAGCACUGUCACACGGGGCCUCCAUUUAACAUCCCUCCUGGAAGAUGAUUUGUAUUUAAAGUGGUGUGGCGGGGAAUCGAACCGGCUACCCCUGGAUUGGCAGUCAAGUGUGUUACCACAAGACUACUGAUCCACCUUUUCAAGACAAAAGCAAUGUAUUUAAUUUAAUAGUGCUGUUUACCUAACAAGUUCUGAACAAUCAGCCCAUUGUGUUAAUGUAUGCAUUAUAUUAUGAUACAAUUUAUAGUUUAGUCUUACUGAUAUUGGCAUUUUAAAUUGAUGCAUUUCCUACUUGCCACUUGAACUGUUUAGCGGUCAACUUACCGCAAAUGAAUUAGUAAAGGGCACUUAACUCUACUUUUACUAUCAUAUGAGAUUCUAGUUAUGCCCCUUUAAUCAACUUCAUUGUCAAUAAGACUUAUCAAUGUAUUAUCUAACCAUAUAUGUGUGUACUUAAAGGUUUAUGUAAAUGAAGUGUUGAACUGCUUGUAUUAUUCAAUUUGUUUUGUGUUAUACAUACAAGGCUACCAGUAAAUUUGAUCCAUUCUA